AUGUUCAACUAUCCGCUACCUACUCCAGAGGACAUAUUUGCGAAAUUAGACAGUGGCAAGAUAUUUUCUAAACUGGAUCUCUCUGAUGCAUAUCUACAAAUUAGAUUAGAUGAUGAAUGCUUUAAAUACCUAACAAUUAACAUACAUAAAGGACUGUAUAAAUACAACAGGUUAUCAUUUGGCUUAAAAGUCACACUGGUGAUCUUCGAACAAAUUAUGGAUGCAAUGUUAGCAAACUGUGAAUUUGCAAUUGUAUAUCUCGAUGACAUAUUGAUUAAGAGUGGAUCAAGAAGUCAGCAUGUACAACAUGUGAAAAAGACAUUUAAAAAACUAAAUGAAUACAGAUUCACACUGAGCAGAGAUUCUUCAGUUUGGGGGUGA